AUGUAUUGUUCCAAAAGUAUCAAUGAGCGUACGCGAGAAUGUAUGCGGAAACGUCGAUUAAAUCGCCGUGAGAAUGAAUCAUCACAGCCAAGACAGGAUGACCAAAAUGAACAAUGUUCCAUGGACAUUUCAAAGAUAAUCGAUCAAGCAACCAUUGAUAUAUUAGAUGGUUCAAGUAAUGCAUUGGCUAAUUGUGUGGAUUCUGUUUCUUGUCGUUCUGAAUCAUCUAGUGAAUUUGAAUUGAAUGUUGUUGAUGAUACUAAUGACGACUUUGACAAUGAAACUGACGAUGAUGAUGAAACUGACGAUGAUGAUGAAACUGACGAUGAUGAUGAAACUGACGAUGAUGAUGAAACUGACGAUGAUGAUGAUGAUGAUGAUGAUGAUGAUAGUAUAAAUGAAUAUAUUCAUUUACAUGAUCAUAACAAUCAAACAAAAUUAUUUUCAUCGUGUCCAUUAUCUAUACGCGAAGCAUGUCUUGCUAUCAUGAAAUUAGCUCGUCGUCUAAAUUUGGACAAAAGUGGAAUCAAAAUUUUAUUAAAUGAUAUUCGACGUCUUUUCCCGUCAGAUCUCAAAUUACCACGAUCGGUUCAAGGUCUCAUGAAGAUAAUAGGUUUUGAUUAUUCGAAGAAAGUGAUAUAUUAUUGUUGUGAAUGCUUGUCUCGUUUGACAAAUCCUGAAAAUGUAAUUGAAGUUGCAAUUAAUAAUAUUAAAGAUGAAGUUUACGCAACAGCCAAACGACAUAUAAAUUUAAUCAAUGAAUAUUCUCAAUGUUCAAAUGUUUUUUUACCAUACGAUGUACUCAACGGUUCCAUAUAUGAACGUUUGAAGAAAAAUCAAAAACAACUGACUCUCGCCCUCCACACCGAUGGAGCACCCGUCACAAAAAUGGGUGGAAAAUCAUUAUGGCCAGUCCAAGCAACGAUUCUUGAAAUUCCCCCUCCUAUUAGAGAUCAUGUAAGUGCUGUAAUGGUCUUUGGUGCUUGGUUAGGUGGUACUCAUGCGAAUAGAGAACUACUGUGGAAUAGCAUUGUUGACAAAAUAAAGUAUUUGUAUGAAAAUGGAAUUACAUUAAAAUUAAAUGAUAAUACCAAAAUCAAGUUCAAUAUUCGAGUGCAAUUCGUCACUUUUGACCUACCGGCACUUGCCCAUAACUGUAAUAUAGUUCAAUUCAAUGGCUAUGAUGCUUGUCCAUUUUGCAAAGCACAUGGUUAUGCUAUUGGAACACAAAUAUUUUAUGCUCAUUCACCAACACCAUCUAUUAGAAAGACUGAUGGUGAUUAUCUUCGAUUAUCAACGACUGAUUUACCAAGAUUAGGUUCACAUGGUAUUAAAGGUCCCACUCCAUUAACAAAUAUAAUGUUAUUUCCUUAUCAAAUUGCUGUGGAUUACAUGCACUUGGUGUGUAGCGGACACUUUAAGACUUUAAUUAUUUAUUGGAACCAACUGCUGUUGCCAGAUGUUUUUGAACAAGCAUCGAAUUUUUUAUUAUCAAUUACAUUACCACACUCGUUUGGAUAUCAAUUUGUGUCAAUAAUUCAGUUUGCAAAUUGGAAAACGAAAAUGUUCAGGGACUUUCUGUUGUAUAUCUCACCAAUAUUUGCGAUUCAAUUUUUACCGGAUGAAUUGACCUUACACUUUUUAUAUUAUUUUAUUUACAUUCGAGUGUUACGCUUUUAUCAAGACAAAAAUGAAUUACAAGGUGUCGAUCAUUUUUUCAACUAUUAUUAUGAAAAUUUAUCAAAACAUUAUGGUCCUAAAUCUGAACUUUGUACGAUUCAUAUACAUUCACAUCUUCUAGGUCAAGUCAGAAGGCAUGGAUCGUUAUCCAUGACUUCAUGCUUUCCUAGGGAAUCUUAUAUUGGAAAUGCAAUUAAAUGGUGCCAAGGUAAAAAAUAUAUGCUUGAACAGUUUAUUACAUGGUAUAAAAUCGACCAUAGUUUAUAUCCUGAUAGUACAUUAAAUAUGACUUAUCUUACUCAAAAUCAACGUUUCGAUGAUAAGUAUUUAAAUAAACGAUUAAUUGCAUCUUUAGAUGAGAAAUUUAUAAAAUGUUGCAAUAAAAAAAACAUUCAAUUAGAUACAAGAAAGCGAAUUAAACAAUAUGGUCGUUAUUUUCGAGGGUUAAAAACAUUUCAUUCAUUAUCGUAUGAGCGUGGUGGAAAUGCAAUUAGCUAUUGGGUAUUUGUUAAAGAUAAUGAAUGUUCACAAAAUCAUGGUAUUUGUUUUGGCGAAGUUGUUUAUUAUUGUCAACUUGAUAAUGAGUAUUAUGCAUUUUUAAAGCAUUUAAAUGCCUUGAUAAAAGUUUGGCAGAUGGUUUAG